CUCAAUACUCUAGAUAAAAAGCAUCAAAAUGGUACCAAAAACAGUAAUAAGCCUUAUAAGAGACUUUCUGAAAGAGAAUUUGACCCAAAUAAGCACUGUGGAGUAUUAGAUCCAGAGACGAAGAAACCAUGUACGAGAUCUCUAACUUGCAAGACACAUUCCCUUUACCACAGACGAGCAGUCCCAGGUCGUAAGAAACCAUUUGAUGUUUUAUUAGCCGAACAUAAAGCUCGAUCGAGGGAAAAAGAGGUGACUAAAGACAAAGAACAUCCACCAAACGCCCGGGAAACGCACCAGAAUCAGUCUGCACCAGCACAAGAACAGUCUUCAGGGCCAUCUGCCAACUCCGCCCCUGAACCCAAAGUGACAUCCCCAGCAAAAGCCAGACCUCCUAACUCUGUCCUACCUAGACCAUCUUCUGCAAAUAGCCUCAACAGCACAAGUUCUUCAAACCAUAGUGGGUUUGUGCCUGAGCCUGCUGUAAAUUCUGUGACAGGGGAUCUGGCUAGUCGGCUCUCUAGUGAUGAAGGUGAAGCUGAAGGUGCAGAAGAUACAGAAAAACUAGACUGUUACUACUCUGGGCAUCAUCCUAAGCCUCUUGCGUUCUGCUCAUUUGGGAGCCGCUUAAUGGGACGAGGGUACUAUGUGUUUGAUAGAAGGUGGGAUCGAUUUCGGUUUGCGUUAAAUUCCAUGGUGGAAAAACACUUGAAUUCACAGAUGUGGAAAAAAAUUCCUCCAGCUGCGGAUAGUCCAAUGCCUUCUCCAGCAGCGCAUAUCGGCAGUCCUUUUCCUGCAUCUGUUCUGCAGCCCUUCAGCAGCCCAAGUUCAGUGUACCUACCCUCCCCACCCACUAAUUCCAGAACCACCUCCUCUUAUAUCUUGUCCAGUACAUCCUUUGUUUCAUCGUCUGACACAAACUCUGUUGCGUCACACACCACAGCAUUCCCCCAUGUCACGACAACGCUAAAUAUCAUGGACUCCACUUUCAAAGCCCCUUCUGCCGUCUCCCCAGUGCCGACCACCAGCCCGUCACCAUCACACAAACCGUCAAAAUCUAAAGCAGGCAAAUCGUCAAAAGCAAAAGACCUGUCUUCACGGAGUGAUGAGCCUUCA